AUGGCCAGGCCAUUGCAUAACCUGGUCAAGAAAGACACGCCCUGGGAUUGGGGUAACAAAGAACAGGAAGCCUUCCAAGGACUAAAGGAUGCAAUCACCAACGCACCAGUUCUCUGUCAUGCAGAUCCAACAAAACCCUACUUCCUAGAAACAGAUGCGUCAGGCGCAGCCUUAGGUUCCAUACUCAGCCAACGUCAGGAAGACGGCCGCCUCCAUCCGCUAGGUUUUCUAUCUGAGUCAUUCAAGGGUGCCAAGCAGAACUACAACACCCAUGAUAAGGAACUUUUGGCUAUCAUUUGCUCCUUCAAGUACUGGCGUAUCUUCUUGGAAGGAACUGUUCACCCUGUCACCGUGUUCACCAAUCACUGCAACCUGGAGUACUGGAAGGAGUCCCAAACGUUCAACUGUUGCCACGCUAGAUGGCACUUGCUGUUAGCAGGUUAUAACUUCCAAAUUGUCUACCGCCCAGGAAAGCAAUUGGGAAAGCCAGACGCCCUCUCACGCCGUUUGGACCAUGCCAACAUUCUGCCCGCCGCCCAGACCAUGCUUCCUAAUCCCAUAUUUGCCAACGUAGCCUUAGUUACACCAGAGAAGGAGCUGCAACAACAGAUUGAGUCAUCCCUAGAUCAAGACAAGUCCCUGGAGGAAAUCCUCCAAUUCCUGCAGAACAAGUCCAAAGCGCCUUGUCCUAGACGUCUGUAA